AUGCAGUUGACAAAGAGAUGUUGCCAAAAAAUAAGAGAGAAAUCUAUUUUACAAGCACAAGAGAGAGCAAAAGAAGCCAUAGAAGCAAAAGCUGCAGCAAAGCGGGAAGAUCAAAAAUAUGCGUUAGAUGCCAUGAUGAAGAUUGAAGAAGAAGAGAGGAAAAAAAUAGAAGAUAUGAAAGAAAACGAACGGAUAAAAGCCACUAAAGAAUUGGAAGCUUGGAAAGAAUGUCAAAGAAAAGUUGAAGAACAAAAAAGAAUUCGGAGAGAGGAGAAAUUACGUCAAAAAGAAAAGCAAAUUGAAGAAGAAAGAAAAAAUUUAAAACAUAAAAGUCUUCCUAGAAAUUCAUCUAGAUAUCUUGCCACAAAAGGGAGAAAUUUAGAAAAUAUAUUUUCUGAGAAAUUAAAGGAAGAUAGUAUUCCUGCUCCUCACUCUGUUGGCAGUAUUAAAAUCAACUUUACCCCUCGAGUAUUCCCAACUGCUCUCCGUGAAUCACAAGUAGCAGAAGAGGAAGAGUGGCUACACAAACAAGCUGAGGCACAAAGAGCAAUGAAUACUGAUAUUCCUCAACUUUCUGAUUUAAAAGAAGAAGAAAAGAACCCAGAGUGGUUAAAGGACAAAGGAAACAAGUUGUUUACAACAGAAAACUAUUUGGCAGCUAUUAAUGCAUACAACUUAGAUAGACUAAAUAAUAAGAUUCCACCAUUGUAUUUGAAUCGGGCCGCUUGCCACCUAAAACUAAAAAACUUACACAAGGCUAUCGAAGAUUCUUCUAAAGCACUGGAAUUAUUGACACCACCUGUUGCAGACAAUGCUAAUGCAAGAAUGAAGGCACAUGUACGACGUGGAACAGCAUUCUGUCAACUAGAAUUGUAUGUAGAAGGCCUACAGGAUUAUGAAGCUGCACUUAAGAUUGAUCCAUCAAACAAAAUUAUACAAAAUGAUGCUGAGGAGAUUCGGAAUGUAAUUCAAGGAACAGAACUAAAAUCUUAGAGACUACUGGAAGCAACUAGGUAUUGUAUUAGGUAUUGUUUUAAGUUUUUCAAAAAUAAUGGGAGGCAUUAGGAAUCUUUGUCUAUGCUAUAAUCAAUUGUGCAGAAUCGAUUUCUUUUUAUUAUUUGAGUUCUGUAUAGGGCAAAAUAUAAAUCUAUAGGAAAUGAAAUGUUUGACUCUAAUUAUUUCUGAAUAACAAAAUCAAAAUAAGAAUAAUCAAUUUUAAUUCUAUACUUCUUAAUGCAUAAUAGAAUUAUACAUUUUUUUUGUUACUGAAUUAUACUUGCCCUUGUAAUAAAAUAUUUGU